AUGGCAGAGCACAUCCCGUCACCUCGAUCCACCACUCCCCCUAACCCCGUGGGGUCAAUGCCGAGACCCGGACCUCUGGCAACCCACACCGACACCGACAGCCCAAGAUCUCCGCGCGACGAAGCCAAUCUCGACCCAGAUAACCUAGAGCUGCACGAAAUCGAUACGCAACAGGAUGAUGACUCGGGCGCGUCGAUUUCAUCGGGAGAAUACCGUAUCACAACGCGCCGGACGGUUUCACGGACGGAGACGAGGCAGACGCAGCGGCGACGCGACGGGAUCAUCGGGCGGAUACAGCGGUUCUGGACGAGGAAUGUUGUCCUGACGGUGGCGCAGAAGAAGAAUCGGGAUUAUUUCGCUCUUGAGCGAACGUUCCUCGCGUACAUCCGCACCUCGGUCAUCCUUGCAAUGCAAGGCGUCCUUAUCGCGCAGCUCUUCCGGCUCCAAUCUGCUCACUCCAGCAAGGGCCUCGGAUACCACGAUGUCGGCGUUCCCCUAUCGGUGACUUGUCAUUGCGCGGCUAUGUUGACGGCAAUACUGGGAGCACAUCGGUUCUGGAAGCAGCAAAAUGCGAUAGCGUUGGGGACGGUGUAUUCGGGUGGAUGGGAGCUGAACUGCAUUGCGUUUCUGACGACGGCGAUCACGAUUGUGACGUUCGUUUUAUCGGUGCUCAUUGCGGCGACACUAUCGUGA